GUCGACAUUAAUCAUGAUAUAUAUUAUGAUAUAAAACGCUUUUGGAAUCGUAGAGGGGAAUGGCUUGCGCACUUAUCGUCGACUAAUUACUUUCAGAUAGACUUCAUUGUGAUAAGUCGACGAAGCAAGUAUGCUCGUGACAGCGCUAGAAUCAUUUGCACAUUUGCUUCUGAAGUGUCACCAGUAAAUGAUUGUAUGUAUAACGGUGUUAAAUUGCUGAAGAAUUUAGUACGAAUUUGAUAAUGGAUCAGGUUAAUCUCAAUAAUGAUGAUCUUGAAUGCCCUAAGGAUCCAAUGAUGAGCUCUCAAGUUCCAGAUACUCCAAAAUCUGGUUGUGAAACCACUUCAGGGGAUUGUAUGAAGAACGCUAAAGAUUUUCAUGAUAGUCCCGUAAUCGGUACCGGUAGAUGCUGCCGCAAACAAACAGCUCUGGAAACAAGAACGGGCCACUCUGAGGCAGAAAAAGAUACAAAACGAAUUAUUCUUUCACCACUAGAGGCUGUGCGUGCCAGCAGGAGUAGUGAGCAGACCAGGAGAACAGGGAAUGCAACUAAAUGUAAACCAUCUGAGAGUAUUUUAAGGAAACGGCAUACGUCUGCAAAUAUUUCAACCUUUCCGAAACUAUGGGAGCAUGAAGAAAAUCCUAAACCGAUUAUUAAAAAGAAAACGAGUACGAAAUCUCUGCUGUUAUGUGCUGAAGAAAGUCAAGAGAACACAUAUAACUCAUCAUAUGAAAACAGAUUGGGUACUCUGCCGGCAUCAGCCAUUAACAAGGAAAACAAGAUAAAAUUGGUAGAGGACAACAUUUCUGAAGAUAAAAACAUAUCCAAUACAUUAAGUUGCUCAUCAUUGAUGAGCUCAGAAUCUACGAUUCUUCAUUCAAUGGAAACAUGUUCGAUGGAACAAAGUGAUGCAAAACCGAGAAGAAAUAUCGAAUUGCCACACCCACCUAUUAUUCCAGUUGAGGAUGAAGCGUUAAUCAACAACAGCGAAAUUUGGCCAAAAGUAGCAUACUCAGUCAUUAGUGAGCUAACCAUGCAACAACACAAGUUUAUUCCUACACCCUUCCUGGUUUCUCACGAUCAAACAUAUCUACCUCUACAGGUAUUUUUGGCCGAAGAAGGAAGUUUGUCAUUUCGUCCCUUCGCGAAACUCGAUAGGUUAAAGAAAUUGGAUCAGGAGUCUAAACGCAGACAUGGGAGAUCACAAUAUCGUGACUUCACGCUAAAAGAGAUAACACGUGACACAGAUGCCCAGCAGAUGUUCAAUUUUGUGCAGACAACAUCUCUUUCCCGUCAAAAUUCGACAACAACCAGAAACGGCCACCAUUGCAAAUUUCAGAUUCAAGUUCUCAAGACAUAUGUGAAACAGAUUGAUGUCAGAAAUUUGAUAGACUGUAAACUAGAUGAAAAAUCUCCAAUAAUGAGAAGAAAACUGAAAAAGUUUUUUGUCAUCGACGAAUGUUGGAUGGCAACUGAAGCAAGGUGUUCCGUAAUUUUUGGCGACACACUCAGUGAUACUACAUCAACAAGGUAUUGUGUUAAACGUUUAUGUCCAUUUGCGUUCCACGUCGUUCAAGUUUCUGUAAAUAAGAAAGGAUUAGUGACAAAUGUAAGUUUUGACAUCAAAGAAGAUAAGUUGCCGACUUUUCAGCGCAUCAUUAUACCUGUAAAGGAAUUCUUCCUUACUAGAUGAAGUAGACAUAAUCCUAAACGUAUUUGAAAGACUACAUGUUCUAUAGUAGUCCAGGCCUACUACUCAGGAGUAGGCUUAGAACGUAUAUCAUAAUUAAUGUUUUACUGUUUAUACUUUCUGUAUGAAUUUAUGUUUAUUCGGUAUAAAGUCAACUACGGUAUAAUAGAAAUUUACAAUAA